CAGAGUUCAACGCAGCUGAAGUGCCAGUACAAAAUGAGUUUCAAUCAAGCACCAGACUCAUUCAUCCAUCGUAUAUCAAAAGCUCAUAAUCCCUCGAUCAAUUUCGCUCGAUCGACCAAUAUUCUCAAGCUUCUCUCCUUCACCCAUUAUCUAACUACAAGCCUCAGUUUAAACUAACUACACCCGCAAACAACGAAUAAUGGAUCCAAGCCCCAAAGCCACUUUCCAAUGGACGGAGAUCCAUCUCGAGAUAAGAGCAAAUCAGGCACCUUGAUCAUCGACGACAUCAAGUUACUAUGGGGUAAGGUCUACCUUAAAGGCAAAUCCAACGCAGACGAAGUGCCCAUCUCCCAGGUCGACGGCAUAAAGAUUAAGCCUGAAAAACAUUACGUCUUCCGGCGCUGUGACCAGGCGUACUCCUCUUCAGGUAGAGAAGGCAACUUUGAUCUGAAAUCUAACGGUACCGCGGAUAAGAACAUCUACUGGGAUAGCCCAUGGGAUCUUGGGGAGAACAAGCUGGAGGUGACCACGCUGCAUAGUGAGGACUCGGAAGGGGGAUAUGAGGUUACGCAGUUUGGAGGAUCAGGGCAGACUAGUGGGCCUUUGGGAAUGUGACUAUCGGGUUUAGGCUUUAUGCUUAAGGUUAGGUGAUUCUUUGGGGGAGCUUGCGGAGGUAGGGCUGAUAGG